UGCAAAACUAUUGGAGGUCCUGCACUUGAGGCAAUUGGAAAGCACUGCAAACAUCUCAGAAAGUUGCAGAGAUGUAUGUACGGAUGGGAGGUACUUGACAAGGUCUCUCAAGAUGACGAGGCCCUUGCAAUAGCAGCCACAAUGCCAAAACUCAAUCACCUUGAGAUACUCUACCUCCGUAUUAGUACAGAAGCUGUGUGCCAGAUACUCUUGAAGUGCCCUGAGCUCCAGUUAUUAGAUGUGCGAGGGUGCUAUAGUGUAAAGCUUGAUGAAAGGUUUGUCAAGAAAUUCUCAGGACUGAAGGUGAUUGGACCAGGUUCAGACAAUGAGGGCUGGGAUGAAUGUUCAAACUACUCAGUUUCUUCUGGCUACUUAGCUUGGGACUUCGUCGCCAGUGUAAUGGAUGACGAUUUUGACGAAGAGAUGUUAGAUGAAGCUUGGGAAGACGACCAAAGUAUGGAGGAUGUAGAAAUGAGGUUCUAUGAUGGUUUUUAUCUUGACAAUGGUGGGUUCGACUGGCCCCUAUCUCCUUGAAUUCUCUGCUGGAGUGUGGUGGGGUUUCCAGUGGAGGUUAGAGGUGAAAAACUACUUGAACCCUGUGUAAGAAAUGUUGUUUUUCCCAGUAAUUAGCAGCCACUAAUAUUUCAGCGUGUGUGUUUCUGCAUAAGUAUAACCAUGUUGUACUCUGUUGUUUGCAUAUCAAUCCAAGUGAAACUUGUGAGGCUUUGUAUCUAUUUCUCAUAUAAAUAAAAAGGCUUUGUUUAUGUCGUUUUAAAA